GCUUCACGCAGAGCUUCCCUCUCCAUGUGUGCGUGUGGAUGUGGAUAUGGAUGGAAAGAAGUAGUCAGUGAUCUUCCGCUGCAUCGGGUCAUUGACAGCCCCGAUGCGGCGGACCUCUACGCGACAGUCAUACCCCAGUCGGGGCAGCUCAACCGCCUCCCAACCCAGCUCGUGCAACGCUAGGAAGAAAAGCUGGCCUCGGAUGUCAGGCCAGCCGUUGAGGGGGCCAGCCGACACCGUGUACCGACACUGAACCGUUUGCAGCCUCUCGAACACAUACAACGAGCUCUCUUCCUCCCGCUCACCCCACCCAUAUCCCUCCCCACUGCCCACACGGCAUUCGAGGACGAUUCGAUCUAGACAGGGAAAAUUGUGGAUGGCGGCCAGACACGCACCUGCCACAUCCCCACAAUACACCCACGGCUUGCCGUGUACAUCGUAUGACAGGUCGACCUCCAGAGUGAUCUGUCUGAUGCGCUCUCUGAGCCCCUCUAUCUGGUCUGACUGGCCUGUCUGCUCCACAAAGUCGAUGGAGCACAACGACGGCGAGAAAACGCCCUGGAUGUGCAGACACGGACCUACGCUAUCGCACUCAGGCACAGAGGAAGUGAACGAAGGACCGGAGUCAUCCGAGAAGAAUACGGUCUUUGGCAAAUAGCCUUCCCAGCGCUCCUCCUGGCGCAGCUGAAUGAACUCGAUCGCACGCAACUGGCUGAGCAUCCCCACCGCAUCCACUGCCCACGCCAUAGACUCCCCUGUCGUGGCCACACCCAUCGGCAGGGCGAGUGUGGCCACACGACGGAAUGCAUGGCUCAUCUGGGACAGCACACCGUGAGGCACAUGAAAUGGGGAGCCCCUUCUUCGAGGCCCGACAAAAUAUGACUGGCUCCCUACGGUGCGGACCAUGGCGUCGCUCACAAGAGCGUCGAUCACUGUCAGCCGCUCCGCGCGCUCAAAGACGAUUGCGGGACGAAAGGAUAAGAAGGUCUUCAUGGAUGACCGCCCUCGCGUGAAGAAGUGAACGCUCGUCGCAGCUGAGGCGAGGGCAGCGAUGGAAGGGGCGUGUGUGGCCAUGUCAGCAAGGACGAUAUCGUCCAGCAGGGUGAACGGGAAUGUGAGGUUCUCAUCGAUGGCAUGGCAGCGGAUGGCGGCGUCGGGAGCCAGCCAAUGAGUCCGAAUCCACUCCAGCUCCUAAAAAAAUGCAACACACCAAAUAGAGGCACGUGUGUCGGCGGCUCCUCUCCACUCACCUCUAUCAUACGUUUCGUGACCCUCUCGCCGAAGAUGGUGGCCUCGAGCUCCUCCACUAGGGGCCGGCUGACAAUGUCGUCGUGCUGUUUGGGAUUUCCUGCGUAUCCGUCGAUGACGAUGCCCUUGAGGCUGUUGACAGACGGGGAGAGCAUGUUGAUGAAGUCGACACUCCAUAUGUUCCAGGUAUCCAAGUCGUCAUCGCCAGUGCUGAACUUGAAGGACAGUGUGAGGGGGCCAGGCGACCACCGCUUCCAGAAGGCGCACUCUCCCUCAUGACGAAAAACGGCCAUGGUACAGAGAGGGAGCGGUCUCGGGUCGCCGAUGUGCAUCUCUUGAACCGACCUGUGCAGACACAGAGGCCGCCGGACAGUUCGCUUCGCUGGCCCCUUCCCUUGUGUAUGUGUGUUUGUGGCUCACGUAAGGGCCCAUGUACGAUGGCGUGCCGCCUUAAUCCACUGCAACAAGAUGACAUACGGGCAUAAGUCCGUGACUGCAUCGCCACAACGAUGGGCUUAGUUUAUCCCACUCACCUGUUUUGAGUCUCGGAAAAAUGAGGGCGCCUUCUCCUUCUCGCCAUCCCUGCUGCGGGAAGUCGAAGGAGAGGGCAUCGUAGAGUACGAGUCCACAUCCAGGCUCUCCAGUGUCCCACGCAU